UUCUGUUUUAUUUUGUUCAUUUUGUUCAUUAUCGAAAACUCGAAUUUGCUUACGCUACGUUACAAAUCUCAUAUGUAAAACGUUACUCGGUACAGCAACACGAAAAGUUGCCCAUCUUUAUUUCAAUUGCGGCUUAAUCGUUCUGCCGUAAAUUAUUAUAUUUUGUUGUUUUCUUGUUUUCCUUUUUAACUCGCGGCCGUGUGCGUGCGCGUGUGAAUGUAUUAGUGCUUGCCUGUUUCAAAGGAGCAUUAAAAUUAACUGUGUGUUUUUGUUGUCUAACGAGGAGUACCCAAAGCGACAAAAAGCAAGGAAAACAUAGCUCAAUCAACGACGAGCAGCGCAUCCAUCCAAAGUCUUAGCCAUAACGUGAACGCGACACGUCCAGCAAAAAAAGCCAAGAAUAAACCAAAAGUCAAAGUCUUGCCAUUUUUUUAUUAGUAUCGAAUAAACAAACAAUCAGAACUGCCAGCCACGCAGAACGCUUCCAACCAAGCCAAGGAGGAGCAACUGUAAAAACAAAUCGAAACACACACACGCACACACACACAGACACGUAUAGCAAUUAAUUAAGGGGGUCGGUAUGGAGCUGGGCCAUGUUUGAACGCUUUCGCCUGAGCAACCUGAGCAGAAACUAUCGACAACGCGGCGGAUCCACUGAACUGGCUCGCGACAAGAAACAGCAGCGGCAGCAAUGCGUCACCGUUUUAUUCCUAGAUGACAUCACGCACACCUUUCGGAUCGAGAAACGUGCAAAAGGCUCUGAGCUCUUGGAUCAGGUCUUUCACUAUCUCGAGUUAUCCGAAAGGGAUUACUUUGGCCUCUUAUUUCCACAGAAGCCCGGUGACGUUGUGAGAUGGGUGGACGCACAGAAGCAAUUCAAGAAGCAAUGCAGCAGCGUCUGCCUGGACAACGAUGCCGUUCCAUUAUUAGAGUUUAGAGUUAAGUUCUAUGUUAGCGAUCCCAGUCGACUGCAGGAGGAGUUCACACGCUAUCAGUUCUAUCUGCAGAUCAAGCGCAACAUUCUGCUGGGACAAUUGUCCUGCUCGAGCAAUACACAGUGCCUGCUUGCCAGCUAUACGGUGCAGUCUGAGUUGGGCGACUUCAAUGCCGUCGAACAUCAGACGGGCUAUUUGAGCGGCCUGCAAUUGCUGGCGGAGCAAACGCCCGAUGCGGAGCGUAAGAUAUGUGAACUGCACAAGCUGCAUCGUGGCCAGCUGCCCGCCGAUGCGGAAUACAAUUAUCUGGAGCAUGGCAAGCGCUUGGAACUCUAUGGCAUUGAUCUGCACAAGGCCACCGAUUCGAAUGGCAAGGAUCUGCAGCUGGGCGUCUCAGCAGUCGGUCUGCUUGUGUUCCAGCAUUCGUUGCGCAUCAACACCUUCUCUUGGAGCAAAAUGGUGAAGGUCUCCUUCAAGCGCAAGGACUUCUUCAUCCAGUUGCGCCGCGAGCCCAGCGAAUGCUAUGACACCCUGCUGGGCUUUGGCAUGAGCAGUCACAAGCAUGCGAAAGCUCUGUGGAAAUCCUGUGUGGAGCAUCACAGUUUCUUUCGACUGAAGCGGCCGCAUCGCUUGUCCCGUUUCCUCAACAUCAGUUUGGGCAGCAAGUUCUACUACUCCGGCCGCACCGAACUCCAGGCCGUGCAGGAGUCCAAGCAGCGGGGUCGCAUUCACAAGGUCUUUGUGCGUUCGCCCAGCAAACGACUGUUGGCUGCUGCUGGUGGUGGGGCAGCAGGUGCUGGUGGCGCUGCAAGUUCAGUGGAUGGAACUCCGCUGCAGCUGCAACGCAAUGGCAAUGGCACGAAUGGUGGUGGCUCCGAUAGCGCCAAUUCGCACAACGGCAAACCGUCCGCAUCCACCAUACUGACCAUAACGAAAACUAGCCGUCCACAUGACACGUCCAAGGUGACGUCCAAGCAGGCGGACACCAUGCCACGCAAGGCCUGGGAGCAGCACAGCGAUGAGUACGACAUACAACUCGACGUGGGCUUCAUUGAGCAGUGCACGCGACGCUUUGACUCGGGCACUCCAUCGCCGAUGCCGCCAGCUUAUAGCUCGGGUCAACACAGUCCGCUGUUGUUGCCCACAACGAUAGCGGAUGCUGUGGGUCAGCCGGAGAGCGGUAGUGAUUUGAUCACGAUGCGACUGCUGGCCGACGAACAGGGCCGCUACGGUUUCAAUGUCAAAGGCGGCAUCGAUCUGAGUCUGCCCGUGCAAGUGUCCAAGGUGGUGCCAAACACACCCGCCGAUCGCUGUACGCCGCGCGUCUGCGAGGGCGACGAGGUGCUCAUGAUCAAUGGCCGCGAUGUGCACGGACUGCGGCACGAGCAGGUGGUGGCCAUGAUACGCGAUUGCCGGCAUCAGUCCAGCGGCGAACUGCUGCUGACGGUGCGUCCCAAGCGUUCGGCGCCACUGCUUUUCGAGGAGGAGCCACUGUAUCAGUAUGUGCCCGAAAGCGAUGAGAUUGGCUCCCAUUCGAAUCUGCUCGAUGGCGAUGCACUCUUCACCCAGAGCCUGUUGCUGCUGAGCGAUGGACUCGCCUCAGGUGCCCUGCUCGCCCAGUACGAGCUCAUGUAUCGCAAGCAUCCCGAUCUGGCCAUCACUGAGGCACGCAAGCCAGCUAAUGCGCCCAAGAAUCGCUAUCGCGACAUAUCGCCCUAUGACUGCACUCGCGUCUCGCUGGUCAAUUCGCUGACUGGUGAUUAUAUCAAUGCCAACUAUGUGAAUAUGGAGAUACCUGGUGGUGUGGUGAAUCGUUAUAUUGCGACACAGGGACCGCUGGCCAGCACCACAACCGAUUUCUGGCGCAUGGUGCAGCAGGAGAGCAGCCAUUUGCUGGUCAUGCUCACCACGGUGAUGGAGGCAGGCAGGCAGAAGUGUCACCAGUACUGGCCAGUUACCGGUGAUGAGCUGCAGCUGGGCGAUGGCUUCUCGGUGCGUUGUCUCAGCGAGAAACCGGAUGAGACGGGCAGCUUUGUCUUUCGGGAGUUUGUGCUGCGGGAUAAGCACGAACAGCGGCACAUUCAUCACAUGCAGUAUCUGGCCUGGCCCGAUCACUGUGUUCCCUCCGAUCCCAAUCUGUUUCUGGAGUUCACGGAACGUGUGCGCGCCGCACGCAAUCGCACGCUUCUCCAGGAGAUUGAGGAGAGUCUGAAGCAGGUGCGCCUGCUCGAUGCCGAUGCCGAUGACAAUGGUGGCCUAAUGUCCGAGCGCAAAUGUGCAGCGAGCAACGGAGCCACGCCAGAGGACGAAACGCCCGUCUCCACCAGCGUGCAUCAAUGCAUCAGCGCCGCCAAUCCGCCAGUGAUUGUUCACUGCUCUGCCGGCAUUGGACGCACCGGCGUGCUUAUCCUAAUGGACACGGCUCUGGCGCUAAUGGAGGCGCGUGAGCCCGUCUAUCCAUUGGAUAUAGUGCGCACAAUGCGCGAUCAACGCGCCUGCAUGGUUCAAAAUGUGAGUCAAUAUCGCUUCGUUUGCGAGUGCAUUUGUGCCGCCUACAUGAAGAUCUCGCGCAGCAGUGCCGCCAUCAACGAUGAUGAUGACCCUUAAGCCGGAGCUACAACUUCUCCCCCUUCCCCCCCUCAAGUUCUACUAGUGGACAAUCUAAAUACAAAUCUUCCUCUCUAUACAUAUAGAUAUAGAUAUAUAUAUAUAUAUAUGGCCCUUCUUGCAUGGCGCUUAUGGUUCUUCUCAAUCCUUACUAUAUACAUAUUAAAUACUUACGGAAUCAAUCUUAUUGUUAGUACACCCUUAGAAAUAUAUAGAUACAUCGAGUAUACGUCGUGUAUAAGUAUCUAUGCUAUAUCAUUACGUUUAUCAUUAUAAUUACUGUGUCUAUAUAUAUAUUUAGAGUGUAUGUAUGUACGUAUUAUUAUUCUUACUAAUCGUAAUCAACUAUGUAUAUCGCAUAUGGGCAAUAAUCCACGCAAGUGCUGCUGAAACAAUUCUAAAUUUUACAAAACAACAACAUACAAACACAAAGAGAACAAAACUACCUAAUUCAAGUAUACAACAAACAAGAGAAAUGCUUAAAUCAAUUGCAUAUUUAUUUA